CAGUGGAGAUGUCCUGAGACUGGCUCGGUAACCAAUAGAUGGCAGUAAGAGGACACUGAGAUACCAAAUGCCUAAAUAAACAUAAAGGGGGUUAAAAAAAAAAAAAAAAAAAGGAGAGAGAGAGGAGAGGAGAAAAACUUGUACAAGAUGGCGUCUGACUGGAGGGAGAGGGAGCCCCUCUCUGCAGCCACGGGUUGGUGAGAGAGGGGCUCGGGCAGCCUGGGGGGGGACUGCACACACUACAUGGCGCUGGGAAGGCUGGCACUGCUAUGGGGAUGGCACUGGGCAGGCUGCGUCCUGGUGGUAGCUGCUGGAGGAGAGAGUGCCUGGCUAGACCUCAGCUGCCGUUCUGGCUCCACAGACACUGUUCUUCUGCCAGGCCAGGAAGCCAUCUUAGACUGUGACCAAGGCAACAGGAAUAUGUCCUCUAAUGUCACCUGGUGGAAGGAUGGAGAGCAACUAGUCAUGGAAGACCUAAAUGUGUUUCCCAAUGGAUCACUGCUUAUAUCACAGGGGGAUGGAACAAUCAUUGAGGGAAGUUACUUCUGCACAGUCCAGAAUUCCUUUGGAGUUGUGAGGGGCAGAACUGGCACAAUCAGAUUGUCAGGGCUACCAUCCUUUCACCUGCACCCUAAACCUCAGGUUGUGUUGCAGAACCGCCUGGUGAGGUUUGAGUGCGGCAUCGGUGGGUCGCUACCUCCACAGAUCACAUGGCAAAGAGACAAGUCUCUGCUCCCUGCCAGUGACAGGUUCAUCUCCCUUCCUUCUGGGGUCCUGCAAAUCUCUGGGGUCCAGCAGGAGGAUGCGGGAUUAUACCGCUGUGUCGCCAACAACUCGAUGGGUACCAGGUACAGCAAUGAGGCUCAGCUGUCUGUGGAGAAAGAUUGGAAGCCAUUAUCUGCUGAACUGUCAGUCAUUACAGCACCACAGAACCUGACUGUGGGAAUGGGUCAGACAGCAGUAAUGGAGUGUCUAGUCGAGGGGGACGUGACACCGUUAAUUUCUUGGUCCCGUCAGGAUGGAAGUCCAGUUUCCUUUGACGUUAUCGUAGUAGGAGAGCGCAACCUCCUGAUACCACAGUUACAGGCACAUCAUACAGGAGUUUAUGUCUGCAGAGCCAGCAAUCCGCACAGUCAGCACUUUGUCACCACUUCAGCCCAGAUCCGUGUUCUCGUGCCCCCAGUUAUCACCCAGCCACCUGAUACCAUCACACGGGCACGGGCGGGUACUGCCCGCUUUGUAUGCAGAGCUGAAGGAGAUCCAGAGCCUACCAUCUCCUGGUUGAGAAAUGGACAGACACUUACACCCAAUGGAAGAGUGAGGAUUCAGCCAAGGGGCAGCUUGGUCAUCACACAGAUUGCUCUGGAGGAUGCUGGAUUUUAUCAGUGCGUGGCAGAGAAUAUACUGGGCAGCAUUUGUGCCACAGCAAAACUCCAUGUGACAGUCCAAGAAGGUCUGCCUGGGCCUCCACAAGCUCUGGAAGCGCUGGCAGUAUCAAGCAAAACAGUAACCGUGACAUGGGAUAGGCCAGAGAUCAACUGGGAAAAAGUCAUAGGCUUCUCUCUUCAUUAUACCAAGACAGGUGAUUCCGACAACAUGGAAUACCAGUUUGCAGUUAAUAAUGACACCACCGAGCUCACCGUGAAAUACCUGGAGCCUGGGACCAGUUACACCUUUUAUGUUGUAGCGUAUUCCCAACAAGGAGCCAGCCGUGCCUCACAGCCAAUAGUGGUACAGACAUGGGAUGACGUUCCCGGCGCUGCUCCCAUGCUGUCACUUAGCAGUGAUACUCCGGAGGAUCUACUUGUUAAAUGGCUCCCCCUACAGCCUGAGAUGAGCAAUGGCCUCAUCACCAAGUAUCGCAUUGAAUACUGCACUCAGAGAGAUGGUGUGGUCACCAUGGUGGAAGUUGGUGGAAAUGAGACGCAGAUCACCCUGUCCUCUCUGCAGGCCAAUACUGUAUACAAAGUCCGGAUUUCAGCCGGCACCACAGCUGGAUACGGAGUCCCCUCAAACUGGGUGUUGCAUUACAUGUUAGAGAGAAUCAACCUGACACAAGGGGAGCAGGCACCAAUACAGCUGAAAGUCAUUGCCCGCACAGAUUCCCUGUUUAUCAGCUGGCAGCUGCCCCACAGUGAUUUCCUUGUCACUGGUUACAAGCUUUAUUACCGUAUGGUGUGUUCUGCCCUGGAUCCUCCUACUUCCUGCCCACGGCAACCGGAGAGAGAGUGGGAUAUGGGGCCCAUUAAGCUGAAGAAGAAGAGGAAACAAUAUGAAAUAACUGACCUGAUGCCUGGACACCUGUACCAAGUCAAACUGGUGGCAUAUAGAAAGAAGCAGGAAGGACAGACUGUCAUGUGGGAGGGAAGAACCAGACCAAUCCUGACCACCCCUCCAGACCUCAUAGCCUACAAGAUCCCACCACUGCCGCCCAGCCAUAUUCAGGUGGAACCUAACAGCUCCACGUCAAUGUGGGUUAGAUGGAGAAGGCCCAUAAUAAGCAGCAAAAUUGUGAACUACACUGUGCGCUGUGGACCAUGGGGUGCCAAGAAUGCCUCACAAUUCACUUAUCACAGCAGUGUCUCAGAAGAGAUUCUGAUAAGUGGUCUGAAACCAUAUACCAGGUAUGAGUUUGCAGUUCAGACCAAUUCAGCCGGAGUUGAUGGGCCCUAUAAUAACAUUGUGGAAAAGAUGACACUUCCAGAUAGGCCUUCAUCCCCACCUGCUGACCUGGUGCUGCAGCCUGUGUCACAGUAUUCAGUUCAGGUGCAUUGGCGACCGCCUCUGGAGUCUAAUGGAAUAAUUGUGCAGUAUCUGAUUCUGUACACUGUCAACCGAAGCCACCCGGAUGAAAUGUGGUCUAUUUUGACCAAGGAAGGAAAUAUUUUCAGUACGGAAGUUGAGAAUUUGCAAAGUGGAACCAAAUAUUACUUCAAGAUGGGAGCCAAGACAGAGUCAGGAUGGGGGCCCUAUUCUAGUGUGCUAUCAGUAGAGACUUUGCCUCCACGCCCACCAGAUGUCCUAGACAUGAACUCCGUAACUGGGAUCAUUGUCGGGGUCUGCCUGUGUCUGCUGUGCCUCCUCCUCUGUAUGUGUGCAAGUUUCCAGCAGGGCAAACAGAGGGAUGUCGGAUCUGAAUUAGUAACUAGAGCUACCAGAGGUCCUUCAUCUUAUCAGAGGGCAAGACAGGGAUCCUGUUCCCAGAGUCACUGCCAGGACUCCCAUGAGCUAGAAACACUUAUGCCUUCACGGCAGGAAGAUACCCCCUCGCUUCCAGUUCCAGAGGUCACUGAUCUAAUAGGAGGCCAGGGCCUGGCCACCAAUCUCCCACCAGAUGAGAAGAACCCACUGAAACUGAAGCCUUCAUGGAAUGGUUCAAUCACUCAAAACUGGGCGAACCACAUCACCAGUUACGCCGAGACCGUGACUGGAGACCUCACCUGUACCGCCAAUGGCUCAGCCAAUCACUUAACCACGGGGGGCCUAAGGAUGGUCCUGCAUGAGAUUUCUUAUGAACCCCACAGGGUUGAUGUUGGGAGAAACCAUAGGAAUCCAUCUCAGAAUCAAGUGGAGGCCGAUGUCAUUGUGCACUCUGACUUCUCUGCUUCUGAGCGUAGUGGACGUUGUGCUGGGCUGGACUCAGAAGAAGAGGAUGAACUUAGUUUGGAUCAAGAGAAGAGCGUCCAUGAGUCUGUGACUCCAAACACUAACCCUCACACCCAGUCAGUGGUUACUGACCAUGAGAACCAGGACUGGAGCAAGCAACCACUGAUGGCCAUCAGCACUGAACUAAGUUUAAAUGCUUUGGCCACAAAGAGCCAGCAACUUGCCAAUGGCAUCCACAGGAGUGUGGACACUCAGGAGAUUCAGCCAGUCAUGGACUCACCUUUCGCUGUAGAGGGUGGGGAUCCAUGCUCGGAGGAAAUGUCUCAGCAAGAACUGCCUCUAAGCAAUACACCAGUCUCACUGCAUCCAACGAACCUUGAGGAAAUUGUGCACUGAGUUAUAACUUGUGGGAUAGAAAAUAUUGGGACAUUGGGAUCAGCUGCGUGUUUAUGUAAAUCAAAGAAUUCAGAACAGGACUCUGUCCCAUCCCCACAAAGGAAUCCACGCCAGAGGGGGGUUUAAUGUCGUGGACAAUUCUGAGACUAAUCAGCCAGGUUGUGCUAUUGAAACCUGCGCUGACAUUGGUAACUUUUUUUGACAACCUUAUAAUGCAACUAGUGUUACAGUGUGCACGCACUGUGCAAGAGAGAGAUCAGCUAGAGGUAGCAGUGAAUGGGACACUAUGGGUACAGCAGUCUGGUACAGUACGUCAGCUAGAUCAUUAGCAGUUGCAGCACGCAACUGUUGCCUGGGUUCCGGCAGAUAAUUAUACCAAAUUCCAAUGAGGCAAAAAAAAUUUGUCAAAUGAAAACCCGUCAAAAUUACGUGAGGAUUUUUAGCGUGGCACUGUGUGCUGCUAUCUCUAUAAUGAAGCAUAGGUCAGGCUGAAAUCACCAAACAAGUUGCCUUCCUGUAUUUAUAGUACAAAAUCAAUGAAACAAUAAUUAUAUGUAAUGUAUUCUCCUUUUUGCACGGACAGAGCUUUCUGAUAUACAUUAUAACACUGGAAUUUUCCUGACCCAUCACUAAAGAUCAGUGCCUCCCCGGCCUCAUUACCUGAACGGCAUAUCCAGUAUUUUUGUUCCUCAUUACGCAUAUCCUGAAUUUGAUCACAUUCCAUUUCUGCAAUACAUAAUUACCUGGCAGCCUUAUGUCCAUUCACUGCCGUAGGCUUGUACACAUUCCUUUUUUUUGCAAUCUGGGGUGGAUGGGAGGGGGAAUUUCUGUAAUGAACAGUUAUAAGUUUCAACUUAAAAUCAUAUUAUUUUGAUAACGGUAGGCAAGUACACAGCAGUGUUAUGUGCCAGUUUGUAUAGCUCCAGCCAUCUCAUUGGUCACAGGCCUGUGCCAAAGCUUGGCACUCCCACACAUUAUUGCAUGAGAAGAUAUGGACGGUGCUACACGAUUCCCUUCUGUGACAAUGUUUCCUGUUGUAUGCGCUCUGUGAGUGCCUCACUACCACCUCGGGACUCUUUUCUACUUGUAGGUCAUUUAGCACUCGCCUGUUUUCUAUUGAGGUGUGUGUAUUUCAUUGCGAUCCUCUUCUCUGUUAAACUCCUAGUACAAGUGUUGAUUGUUUAUUUUGUUAAGCCUCCAGGACUGCAGUUGUAUUCAAUGGUAGGACCCUAUGAAUGUGGAGGAGGUUUCGUCAGACUUGGGGGCUCUUUUCCACAACAGAAGAAUGGUCACUAAUACGACACAUCUAGUGGCUUGGAUCCACCAAAGGUCAUAAAAUAAAUACAUUUUAAAGGCAUUAA